AAAGCCAGAUGCUGAGAAUUUUGGCAACGCUGGCAACAACGACAAAGGAAAUGCAGAUUAGCCAAGGCCAUUUCUUGAAAUCCUUUCCCGUGUUCUUAUCCUGACAAAUGACAAAAGACAGAGGGAGCCAUUACAAUUUGUAGGACCUUGGUGAACGCCCAGCCGUGCCAUCCUUUGGAGCUGAUCCUUUGUGGAAUCAUCCAGGAAAUAGUCGAAUAAAGAUCGAUUAACUGAAGAAACAGAUCUUUGAUUGCUGUUGCAAGACGGGUGACUAAAGGAUGGACCCAGAUAUCUCCUUACUGUUCCAGUGCCCGGCUUCCGGAGGUAUCCCCGAGUCUGAUGUCCGAGUAGAACUUUCCCCCCUCUACGACCGCAACUCGCUGCCCGCAGAUCAGGCCCGAAUCGACAGGGUUUGGGCGGCGCGUUGCCAGCAGAACCCGUGGCUUUUCAACGGGGCCAAAUUUCGCCUCCACUCCGUCAAGCUGGAUGGGACCCUUUUGACUUUCCACCUGGGGCUGACCAGCUAUAAGGACUUCGUGGGCACCAACUUGGCAAAGACCGCCAGGCAGCUCCGGGAGCAGGGAGAGCAGGACUUUGGGAACAGCCAAGCCUAUCUCGCCGACCCCCUGGGUGUGGGUGCCUUGCUGCAGACGGCAGACGACAACUUUGUCUUCUUGCGACGCAGCCUGUGUGUGGGGGAAGCCCCGGGAAAGAUCGACGUUCCUGGGGGACACCCGGAGCCUCAGGCUGCGUUAGGAAAGGACGCUCCGGAGAGAUCCUUGAUCCGCCAUCAGGACCUCCCGGGAGAUCUGGUGGUCAGGGAACUCUUCUCUUCCGUGCUUCGUGAGGUCCAAGAUGAGGUGAACCUUCAGCCAGCCACCCUCAGCAGCCCUCUUUUGCUCGGCAUCGUUCGGAACGAAACCACCGCAGGCCGGGGCGGCGCCGAAUUCUACGUCAGGUGCAGCCUGACCUCGGAGCAGGUGAAGCAGCGUUACGCUCUGGGGGGUCCAGAAGCUCAAGAAUCCGUCAGCAUCCUCUUCGCCAGCCGAGAGGAUGUCCUGUCGAUGGAGCAGAAGGGCGAGUGGUGGAAUCAACUCUGCCCCUCAGCCAAAGGGGCAGUGAAACAUUACACAGAGGUCCUGGGAGCGCGUCAGUAAAAGUCCACCUAUAAACUCUCACCGAAGAACUGUUCAGAAUAGCUUUACCGAAACAUCCACCGGCCACAAAUUCACCGGUUCCUACUUUUCAGCGAAGGAAGGCAGUUAGGCCAAGACUCUCCCCUCUCUGAAGAAAACAGAUUGGUAAGGUCUUCCAGCUCCUAGAACUGUGUCUGUUGGGCUCCAUUUUUCAAUAAAGAGCGUUUUUUUGUAGACUAAAAAUAAUAAUAAAGAAUUCUCAUCUCAGGUA